CAGCGCCCCCUCUCCCCCUGUCGGCAGAGAGUCAGAGCUGCCGCUGCUCUAAUCCAGCAGCAUUCCCACCAGUGUGACAGCAGACGAGACAAGGACACGGCAAUCUCCGGUCCACUCCUGAGGGUGAAAACCGACACGGCAGCACCAGGCGUCAGGGCUCCUCAGAACCUGACAGGGGAACAGAUUCCAGACUAACAGGACGGGGGGAUAGUGGAUCUGAACCAACACCUCAGGCACGACAGACUGGGAUGUUCAGCACGUGCUCGCAGUGUUUUUCUGUUCAUCUUUACACCAUGAGAACACAAAGACUGUCAUAACCGAGGAAAACUCCCCUCAUAUCAACUUGGCUUUACAAGCACACGGACAGACCGACCGAUCAACUACAGAAACAAGUGUUGCAUCAUGGGGAUUGCGGUGUACAACAUCUCGGCCACCUCGGCCAGAGUGAGCUGGCCGUCGUCCCCCGGCUGCUUGGACACCUUCUAUAGCGUCAUGUACGACCCAAACUGGAACAGCCUGCUCAUGGGCUACAAGCGCAAGAGUUUCAUGCACGAGGAACGCAUCCCCGUCAGUCAGACCAGCACGCACCUGGCCAACCUCCUCCCCCAGACUGCCUACUUCUUGUGCGUGACGUGUCAGGCAGCCAAUCCGGUUCGCGACCAGUGCCAGGUGUUCAACACUCUGAGGGACGGCAGCAAAGCUCACGACCGGGCCGGGUUGGAGCUCGCCAUGGGCGUCUGGCUGACCUGCUGCGUCUUGCUCCUGGUCAUCGCCGGCAUACUGUUGUGGGGGUGUCUCCACACCAUCUGCUCCAUCCCCAGUCAGAACGCAGAGGGCUGCCAUGUUGUGACCCACUCAAACCGCCAAGACAUGUCUGGAUCUGGACGCCUGUACGCUCCCAGACGCACCAGCGAGGACAGCGCCAAACAUGCCAGCAUCAUGCUGCCCCCCCUGUCCACUGGCAACAUAAUUACCCAGGACCACGAGCUGAGGACACUCGCUAAGCUGUCUGGCACCGAGCCAGGAUGAAUCAACUGGAUUGAGGUCAUCAAAGCAUUGUUGUGCCCAGACUGAAUUAUCCCAGAGUUUUUUCAUCCAAUGUUUAAAUUCUACGGAAGCCCAGAAGGUGUCGUGGAGAAAAAAAACAGAAACUAAUCUGUGAAUGUUAAAUUACUAAUCCGUGCUCUCGAUUUAUUGUCUCUUGUUUAUUAUCUUUAAUGCAUCUGCAGUUGUUGCCCUCAGAGUUUCGUUAAAUGGGUCUUUGUGCAAUGACAACAAAGGUUUAUCUAGUCUUAUCUCUUAUCUUGAAACUCUGUGCUCUCUUAGUAAUUUGUGCCCACGGAUUAUUUAAUUCU